AUGCAGAUUCUCGAAUGGCAGGAUACACUGGGCCAGGGUGCUUUUGCAACUGUACGGCGUGCGAUCGUCCGAUUGCAAUGCACCGACGCGACGCAGAGCAGUGUCGUUGCGGCCGUCAAGAGCAUUUCUACGAAAUCGAAAUCCACAACACCACGGGCCACACUUGGAGGGGUCCGCGAGGGCUCUCACCACGGAACGCGGCGCGAAAUGCAAAUUUUGGAGCAACUGCAGCACCCCUUCCUGCCCGUUCUGCUCGGCAGUGUGGCGAGGUCCGACGCCUUCCACUUGGCGUUCGCAUACCCGCGCGAAAUGUGCGACCUCGGCACGGUUCUCGAGAUGCGCGGCGGCCGGGGUCUGCCCAGCGCGCGGGCGGUGGCCUGGUGCGGCCUGCAGGUAGCGGAGGCGCUGCACUACGUGCACUCCAAGCAGAUCGUGCACCGGGAUCUGAAGCCGGAAAACGUAUUGCUGUCGCCGCUCGGCUACCUUCAAGUCAUCGAUUUCGGCGCGGCGAAACCGCUGGAUGCGUGCUCGGGGCGAACCUAUACCGUUUGCGGGUCGCCGGCCUACCUCGCGCCGGAGGUCCUACAGGAGCGGGGGCACGGUCUGCCCGUCGACUUGUGGCAAUUAGGCGUGCUUCUGGCCGAGCUGUGGACCGGCAAGCCGCCGUUCGCUGGCGAAAGUCUGUACGAAGAUAUCCUGGAAGGCGCAUUUUCAAGCGCAUUUGCGGGGUUUUUGCGAAGUCACACCGAAGAAAGACACUCGAGACCACAAGACAGUCCGGUCGGGGAACAGCAGGAUUUAUCGGUCCUUGUCACGCGCAUUCUCCUUCGGCGGAAUCCUCGCGACCGCCCGCUUGCCCAGAACGUGAUUGCCCACAAAGUGUUUCAAGAUUUCGACCUCGCGGCCAUGAAGGAAUUUCGGGGAGCAUGCCCAUUCCGACUGGAGGAGCUUGCCACGUAGGGAAUCUGGAGCAGGACGACGGACGCUUUUGCCGGCGGAGAAAAAAAUGGCGCUGUGCUGGUAGCUUUUUCGCUUGUUCGUACAGGACACAACUGGUGCUGCGCUGUCCCCGCGUUGAAAAGGCUUUCGGAAAUGCAAAUGGAAGCAAGGCUGCGGCUCUGUUAUUUGCCUUUCGUAUUCUAGAAGAAGCAGGAGUAAGCCGUGCGACAAUUCAGCAAGUCCAGCUAAU